UUACCCAUAAAAAAUUGCAGGUUGAUAUGCAAUUAGAGGGGUUUUGAGUGUUUAUUGCCCCAAAAUCCCUCUUCGGGAAGCAAGCAGGCUUCUAUGGCGACGAAGGACUCCGAGAAUAGGUUUCAGAAGAUCAUGGACAAGCUCUAUUACGCACCCAGAUCGAGGCUCUCUCCACUUAGGCCGAGAGGUGGUGAUGUGAUUGCAAGCGAACGUCUGGUUGCGCGGUCUCUCGCACUGCGAGGACCGGUGGAGAAGUCGGCUCCUUGCCGCCCAUGGGAUCGCGGGGAUCUGAUUAGGAGGUUGACGACUUUCAAGGCCAUGACUUGGUUCGGGAAACCUAAGGUUAUUAGUCCUUUAAACUGUGCAAGGAGAGGUUGGAUCAACGUUGAAAUGGAUGUCAUUGUUUGUGAGGCAUGUGGAGCGCGACUUUUCUUUUCUACUCCACCUUCGUGGGCUAUCCAGCAAGUUGAAAAGGCUGCUGCAGUAUUUAGCUUAAAAUUGGACAAUGGACAUAAGCUAUUGUGUCCAUGGAUUGAUAAUGCAUGUGAUGAAUCAUUGUCAUAUUUUCCAUCUUCGCCUUCUCAUGUUUUGGUAGAGGGAUUCAGAGAACGUUUUCAUGCUCUUUUACGGCUAACAGCACUUCCUGUUAUUUCUUCAACGUUUAUUGAUUGUAUGAGUAGUCAUCGGCUUGAUCAUUUUUUGUCCGCUCCAUUUUGUUCGUCAAUCACUUUGAGCAGUGGAAUUAGGCUAAUUGAUGAUUGUAGAAGCAAGGAUCAACUCGAUACGACUGAAGACGGUGAUUCCCAUGGUUACUACCAGGCACUGAAAAUAAUAAGCUUAUGUGGAUGGGAACCUCGCUUGCUUCCAUAUACUGUUGAAUUUGAGGGUAAGUGUGGUCCAUCUGCCAAUGCCAUCAAUCCACUGGAGUCUUCAGAAGAGAUACCUUGCGAACCAACACAAAAUAUCACAAAAUCCUCAUCAAACAGUCACAAUGAUGUUCCACAUGGUGAAUAUCUAUAUGAUCAAUCAUCUACAGUCUUAGAUUGUCGGUUUUGUGGUGCCUGUGUGGGUCUCUGGUUUUUCAAGACAGUACCUCGUCCUCUUGAAUUCUUCAGGAUAAUUAUAGAUGGUAGUCCUCAAAGUGAAUCAACUACUGGAACAACAGAUUUUGGCAGAGGAGAUCACAAUGCUGAUAAAGAGAAGCCAUUUUGCUUAAAUUUAACAAUUGCAGGUGGUCCUCCGCCAACCAAACAACAUUUUCAUCCAAAAAUAUCUUUUCCCGCUGUUAGUAGGCAUAUGAGAGCUGAGUUGUCAUAUAAUACUUGUUUAAGAUUGAACCAAGGUUCAUCAGGGAAGGAAGACAAUGCUGGCCAAGAAGAGGAAUUUAAUGGUCAUCAUGAAGCUGGAUCACUGGCUGUUGGAUCCUUGAAGCGCAAAAGAAGUGAAACUGAAAAUUUGAAUUCUCAAAUAUAUUUGGAAGGAAAUCAUGGUGAUGAGGGCGAUGGACUUGCUGGUGAAGUGGGCAGCGAACAUACUUCCGAAGAAACCCUGUAUAACACUCCAUUUACUGAUGCUAGAGAAUCAAAUGAUUUGGUUUCAGUUUCAAGAUCAGAGGAAUCAAACUUUGGUGAUAGACCAGAAAAUGAUCAUUGCUAUCCUUUAGUGCCUGCUUCUUCUGUUGCUAAUGUCGAUUCAUCCACCUGCUCCAAAGCUGGGGAAGAGGGUCCUUGUUUCCCAACAGCUGACGGAACAAGUUUAGACAAACAAGAUUCAAUAGGAUCUGCGAGGAAAGUAUCUAUUUCUGUUGCUCGGGAUGAUGGUCUUGAUCAUUUAUUCGAAUAUCGGAAGCAGACUCAACUCAUGGAUUUUGAUCCCAUAAAGCAGCAUCGGCCUUUUUGCCCCUGGUUUUCUUAUGAGGGCAAAAACUUGCCGGGAUGGAAAGCAACACUCUCAGCUUUAGAUGAUCUUGAAAAGAAUUCUUCGCAACCGCCAGAACAAACAGAAGCUCCUUCCAGUUUUCUUGAUGAGGCUGAUGACCCUGUUGUUUCUGUAAGAAAGCUUUUCGCAUCCCCACCAUUUAAAAGAUUCAAGGAGAGUCGGUAGUCACCAGGAAGUUAGAAAACAGGAUAUUGAUCUUGAAACUGUAAGCGUGGAGGUUUGACUUUCGUCAAUGAACUUUGGCUUUUCUCAUUCCUGUGUAUCUGAGAAACUGAAGAGUUCUGUUCUCAUGGCGUAAUUGCACUUAUGCAAUUUGGACGGUGUCUUUGAAAAGCUGCUAUUUGCUGCAAAUAAAAUUUUGAUUUACAUCUUUGCAUUUUUUCGUCUUCUCCCUGCCUUGAUAUUUUUGUAAUCCGAUCAUUAGAGCGCUCAAGACAUUCUCAUGGCUCCGCCCAGUUGUGCAGAAAGUGGAGGAUGGAUUUGAAUUUUUAGAAGGAUGAGUUUCUACAGGCAUGAUUUGAAUUCUCUUCACUCUGUUAGAUCUUACUUUUUUCUUUUGUUUUUUUCUGUUAGAUCUUACUUAGAAAUCAAAUCUGAUAGCUUGUUUGGUCGGCUUUUUUCUUUUGAAAUGUAAUCUUCUAAGUUGAUUUUGUUUGAUGUCUGUAAAACUGGUAAUCUGACUCGAGUGUGUAAAUUCCAUUUGUUUUAAU